CAAUUUAUUUUUAAAAGAAUUAAAUUAUCCACUCACUCAAUCAACUUCCCUCCCGGUCCGGCCCCUAACCAAAACAAUUCACCCCCAAACCCUAAACCCUACUUCAUCUCCUCCGAUGGCCGCCGCCGCCGUCGCCGACGUACGCAAGCUCCCCCGCCCUGGUCGUGGUGGCGUCGUAUCGCUCAACCUCUCCGAAGAAGAGUCUCGCAUCCGCGCUAUCUCAGAGAUCGUCAACGCCAUGAUUGAACAAUCUCACUCCGGCCAAACCGUCGAUCUCAACGCCCUAAAGUCCGCCGCGUGCCGCAAGUACGGCCUCGCUCGCGCUCCUAAGCUCGUCGAAAUGAUCGCCGCGCUUCCCGAUUCCGAGCGUGAAGCUCUGCUCCCCAAGCUCAAGGCGAAGCCUGUGAGAACGGCCUCGGGGAUCGCGGUUGUGGCUGUGAUGUCGAAGCCGCAUCGGUGUCCGCAUAUUGCGACGACGGGGAAUAUUUGCGUGUAUUGUCCUGGUGGACCUGAUUCGGAUUUUGAGUACAGUACUCAGUCUUAUACUGGCUAUGAGCCGACUAGUAUGCGCGCUAUUCGGGCUCGAUAUAACCCGUACGUACAAGCUAGAAGCAGGAUUGACCAGCUGAAGCGGUUGGGCCACAGUGUAGAUAAGGUCGAGUUCAUCUUGAUGGGUGGUACUUUCAUGUCAUUGCCUGCAGAAUAUCGAGAUUACUUCACAAGGAAUCUUCAUGAUGCUUUAUCAGGGCAUACAUCUGCAAAUGUGGAAGAGGCAGUUGCCUACUCUGAACACAGUGCAAUAAAGUGUAUUGGAAUGACUAUUGAGACGAGGCCGGAUUACUGCCUUGGGCCUCAUUUACGGCAGAUGCUUUCUUACGGCUGUACACGUCUGGAAAUUGGAGUGCAGAGCACAUAUGAAGACGUUGCUCGUGACACUAAUAGAGGCCACACAGUAGCUGCUGUGGCUGAUUGCUUUUGCCUCGCAAAGGAUGCUGGGUUUAAGGUUGUUGCUCAUAUGAUGCCUGAUCUUCCAAACGUUGGUGUUGAGAGAGACUUGGAAAGUUUUAAGGAAUUUUUUGAAAGCCCUUCAUUUAGAACAGACGGUCUCAAAAUCUACCCCACACUUGUUAUCCGUGGAACUGGACUUUAUGAACUGUGGAAAACAGGAAGGUAUAGAAAUUAUCCACCUGAACAGCUCGUGGACAUUGUAGCUCGGAUUUUAGCAAUGGUACCCCCCUGGACACGUGUUUAUAGAGUUCAACGGGAUAUUCCAAUGCCAUUAGUUACUUCUGGAGUUGAGAAAGGGAAUCUUCGGGAACUAGCUUUAGCUCGGAUGGAUGAUCUGGGGUUGAAAUGCCGAGAUGUUCGGACCCGUGAAGCUGGUAUUCAGGACAUUCACCACAGUAUAAAGCCAGGAGAAGUUGAGCUUGUUCGCCGUGAUUAUACUGCGAACGAGGGUUGGGAAACUUUUCUUUCGUAUGAAGAUACUCGCCAGGAUAUUCUUGUUGGAUUACUGCGACUGCGAAAAUGUGGAAGGAACACCACUUGCCCUGAACUCCUUGGUAAAUGUUCUAUUGUUCGCGAACUUCAUGUUUAUGGUACAGCAGUUCCAGUACAUGGCCGUGAUGCUAAUAAGCUGCAACAUCAGGGUUAUGGCACACUGCUAAUGGAGGAGGCAGAACGAAUUGCUCGUAGAGAGCACAGGUCGAAAAAGAUAGCUGUUAUUUCUGGUGUAGGAACGCGGCACUAUUAUAGGAAGUUGGGUUAUGAGCUUGAAGGACCUUACAUGGUAAAGUAUCUUGUAUGAUAUGAGAUCAUUGCUGAAGUUUUGAAAGCUAUCGUUAGGGCAGGGCCAUCUCUGAUCUUUUAGUGCUAAUUCAACAUAUGUAUAGUGUAUGAUUAUUUUGUUAUAGUCCCGAAUUCAUGUGGCUUUGUAACAGAUCCUCGGGAAAAAAGUAGUUUCAGUUGAUCCCAUAUACGGUGACUUGCUAAAUAAUUAUUUAAAGCAAUUAAUAUUGAAUGUAAUAUCAUGUGAUAAUAUUUUUCA